GUCAGCUCAAAGAGCACAGGGACAGAGAGCAACGUUAUAACAAGAGAAAACAACUUGUCUGCGGUGGCACCUUGGUAAGACCUUUGUCUAGAUAAGGAUUACAAAAUUUCCUGUAAAAUGAGUCAUCGUUCUCGUGCCUCCAGGUUGCGACAGCAUAUCCACUGUGAUUCCUGCUAUAGCCAGCGCUGCAGGGCCCGGGUGGAAGUCUCUGUGUGCUGUGCGGUUAUCCCCUGCCGUCUGCACUGUGGCGCUCUAUUCCACCUGUGCAAAGAGGAGGAUCACAUGCUGCUCUGCCCUAACGUGAGGGUGCCCUGCCUCAACGCUGAGUACGGCUGUCCAGUCCACCUGCCUCGGUCCUCCCGGGCAGCUCACCUUCAGGUGUGUCCGGCCAGCGUGGUGUGCUGCUCCAUGGAGUGGCUCCGCUGGCCGAUUGAUGACACAAACCCACACAGCAAUAUGGCCUUGCAGGAGAAUGUGAUGAAGGAAAAUGAGGGGCAAGUGGAGGCUCUGGAUCUUGCCAUGGCCCUGGUUGAUCAGUCAGACCUUUACAGCCGCCUGAAAAUGAAGCCCCUCUAUCCAGAGCUGAUGGAGGCAGAAGAGGAGGAAACACAAGAUGAGAAGAAAGAGGAGAUAGCAGUGGGAGGGUUAGUCAAUGGCAUCACAAACGAAGAUACCAAUGAAGGUAAAUUUCUCCCCACAUCUGUUCCUGCAGAAAACAGCGCAAGUGAGGCUAAUGUUGCUGUAGAGACUGCACAUAACACUGUGGAUAAAAGCAUCAACAUAGAGAAAUACAAUCUGUGUGAGAUGAUGUUUGGCAUGGAGAGAGGCGGCUGUACUACCGCUCAGGCAAACCAAGACAACCCCAAACAAAAACCUGGUGAGAAGGUGAAGGCCCAGAGGCAGGAAAGCGUGGCGAAAAAAACAUGUGCAGACCACAAAGACAAAGAGAAAGAUGGAGCGGCUGCAUACACACCAGACACAAGUAAGUCAGGACACGCCCCGUGGCAGGAGGGGGUGAUGGAGCGUCUGAGUCAGGAUCUCAGCCCACAGGAGUACAACAUGUAUAUGGUGCAUCAUGGGCGCAUGCUGCUAUCCUUCGGACACAUCCAGGCCUGUACGCCAAGAGAGAAAGAUUUUGUCUAUGGCAGUUUGGAGCCUAUCGAAGUCCAGACCCUGCGCUCUUUCAAGGUCCCUGUAAGCUAUCACUACAGGCAGCGGGUUCAUCUGUACGACACGGCUGCGCGGGCCAAGAGUGAGCCUCGCUGUGUGGACACAUCCGACCUUGGAGUCAACGAAGAAGAAUGGUUCAGUGAUGAGGCCACAGCCACCCUGCUGGGCUACGCUGAAAAGGCGGUCAUGGGUCACAAGAUCAGCGUAUCGAAUGCAGCCGAUGGGCUCUUUGUUGACGUGGGAACACAGACACACUCGUUCCGCUCAGCUCCGUUUAAAGGGAAGACAACUCUUGCGGAGGUGAUGGUGGAAAGACCACUGAAGCUUCAUCUUCAGCUGCAGGCAGAGAGUGUGAACAGCAGACACAACAGAGCCAGCUGUGUCUUCACCUACGUUUGUGGUCACACGUUCCACCGCAGAGAGUUUGCCACACAUUUCAGGAACAUCCACAGCGACAUUCAGACCUGUCUGAGUGGAUGGUUCAUGCAGAGAUGCCCCUUAGCGUAUCUGGGGUGCACCUACAGCCAGAGGAGAUUCCGGCCCUCCACACAUGAAGCCACCGUCUCCUACAAUCAGCAGUUGAGGAGUUUCAACUUGCGUCCGACACUUGUAACCUCAGUAGGUGACGCCUCCCAGCCACCCAGGAGCACAGCGGACUCCUCCACCACUCAGAGGAAGAGGAUAGGUCAGACAGGAGGAGGGGAGGACUCUUUGAGCUCGCUCCCCUAUGAGGUGCUUUGCCACAUGGCCAGUUUCCUGGACAGUAUGUCCCUGUCUCAGCUGGCUCUGGUGUCCCAGCUCAUGAGACAGGUGUGCUCCUCUCUGCUGCAGGAGAGAGGGAUGGUCACCCUCCGCUGGGAGAGGAAGACCUACUCUCAUGGGGGAGCCAAGUGGAGGGCCAAACCUGUGUGGGAGUUCAGUAACCUCUUCUCUGCAGUGGAUUCGUGGCGUAUGGCAGACAUCCCUCCCAUAUCUGCUCAUCUAAAAGUCUGUCCUUACUACAAGACCUCUUCGCGCAGUGAGCCUGUUGCGCUCCCCAGCAUGAGUGAGAAAAAGCCAGGUAGCAGCCAGGAGAGGCUUGGCCUCGUCAACCAUUUCACAAGAAACAGAUGAAAAAAUUCCAUUUAAUUUAACCUGCUGUGUCAAAAUAUAUUUGUGUAUUAUUUACACUGUUGGCCAGAUUACACUGCACAAGCACAGGUAUGAUGUCUUACAACCAGUAUGUCACGAAGCACCAACAAAUUAUACAACGUUUAUUAUGGCAUGUGAUUCUGAAGUAUGUGAACUGCCAUGGUUGAGCUCCUCUACUCUUCACCUGCCUCUCUAAAUCAUCUCCUGUCUCACCAGGGAAGAGAAGAGCAGUAGUCUGAUGAAAAUGUUUGGAUGCAACCUGUCAUAGUGCUUGUGUAGAGUUAUCAGUCACCCAGGUGGUAUUUAGUGAUAAAUUAAACACAUUAACAGAGAUGUUAUUCAUACUGUAUAUGAUAUCGGAUUGAUAGAAUUUGCACUGAUAGCCUAAAACAUUGGUGGGUGAACUGAGUUUAAAUUAGUUAAUUCUUUCUGAUGAACAAGGCUAAGUCCUUAUCACAGCAUGUUUUGCUGCAUGUUGUCCCCUCUCGCCCACCCUCAUUUCCAGCCUGUCUUUGCUAUUCUGUCUGAAAUAAAGGCAUAAAAGCCCAAAAAUAUA